AUGUAUUUCCUCUCGUUCCAGGCUGCCUUCCACUGGGUGAAUCCUCUCUCCAUGAGGUACCUCCGCAACAGACGCGCGCAUCAUACCAACAUUGUAAAGGCCGAGCUGGAGGAGGUGGAGGUGGUGAGGAGGAGCUACCACAGUGCCAAGGCGAAGAGCAACCGCAAAGCCCAGGUCCUGGAGGCGCCCUGCAGCGCCACCAGCCCGUCGCCACUGUCCUCCGAGGACGAGCAGUCGGGCGAGGACAACGCAGAGGAACCCGAAGGCAAGCAGGGGGAAGGGACAUCGCAGGCGGAAGAAAAUCCCGACGCCGGCCUGGACGGAGAUCUCCCUGAGGCUAUGGGCGUCUCGGAGGCGUGUGAGCGAGUUGAGAAAUUGGACUUGCAGGAGGGCGAGCCGGAGACUGUAACGGAAAGGCUGUAAGGACGAGAUUCGUAGACUUCUAUGCAGUAUUAUGAGAGAUUAAUUGGUAGACCAUUCUCUUCCAUGAUGUAAUGAGAUUAUAAUGUAGACCGGUGUGCUUUAAUCAAGUUGGAUGUCCCUCUGGAACAAUGACAGUUUCCUGCAUUUAUUUUCAGCUUAGGAUUUCAGUUAUUUACCAGAUUAUUGAAAGAAAAAGUUUAAUGCGGCAUAGGUCAUCCAUUUUAAAGAUAUCACAGGAGUACUGUGUAAAUUAUCAAUAUAACAUUAUAACUUCAAGAUGUAGAAGGUAGAGCCAUCUCAGAAUAACAAAAUCAGAACAUUCUAAAAUACUAGUCUUAACAUAAUUAAAAAGUUGAUUUGCAUUACUAAGUGGUGCUGCUUGUGCCUCCAGUACGUUAGUAGGUAUCUAUUAUUAUUUAAGUGGGCGCUUUGGGACAAAACGUCCAGUGUAUGUCUGAGUAUCUCUCUCUCUCUCUCUCUUCUCUCUCUCUCUCUCUCUCUCUCUCUCUC